CAACAGAUAAUUCGUGUCCAGUCCCCGGAUGGUGUCAAGAGGAUCACAGCAACAAAGAGAGAGACAGCUGCAGUGUUUCUGAAAAAGGUUGCAAAGGAGUUUGGCUUCCAGAAUAAUGGCUUCUCAGUUUACAUCAAUAGAAACAAGACUGGAGAGAUAACAGCAUCAUCCACCAAGUCCCUCAACCUGCUCAAAAUCAAGCAUGGCGACCUCUUGUUCCUGUUCCCCUCGAGCCUUGCCGGACCCUCAUCUGAGAUGGAGACGUCCGCCCCCCCGGGGUUAAAGGCCCUGGGUGCCCCCAGUGUGGUGGAGGAUGAGAUUGACCAGUACCUCAGCAGGCAGGAUGGCAAGAUUUACCGGAGCCGCGACCCGCAGCUAUGCCGACACGGCCCUUUGGGGAAAUGUGUGCACUGUGUUCCUCUAGAGCCAUUCGAUGAGGACUACCUAAACCAUCUCGAACCACCCGUGAAGCACAUGUCUUUCCACGCCUACAUCCGAAAGCUGACCGGAGGGGCCGACAAGGGGAAGUUCGUUGCUCUGGAGAACAUCAGUUGCAAGAUUAAAUCAGGGUGCGAGGGGCAUCUUCCAUGGCCUAACGGCAUCUGUACGAAGUGCCAGCCAAGCGCCAUCACCCUGAACAGACAGAAAUACAGACACGUGGACAACAUCAUGUUUGAGAAUCACACAGUUGCUGAUCGCUUCCUUGACUUCUGGAGGAAGACAGGGAACCAGCAUUUCGGGUACUUGUACGGACGGUACACUGAGCACAAAGACAUUCCUCUGGGCAUCAGGGCCGAAGUAGCGGCCAUUUACGAGCCCCCGCAGAUUGGUACACAGAACAGCUUGGAGCUUCUUGAAGACCCGAAAGCCGAGGUGGUGGAUGAAAUCGCUGCCAAGCUUGGCCUGAGGAAGGUCGGCUGGAUAUUCACAGACCUCGUCUCGGAAGACACCCGGAAGGGGACAGUCCGAUACAGUCGGAAUAAGGACACCUAUUUCCUGAGUGCAGAAGAAUGUAUCACUGCAGGAGACUUCCAGAAUAAGCAUCCCAACAUAUGUCGGCUCUCUCCAGACGGACACUUUGGAUCCAAGUUUGUCACUGCAGUGGCUACAGGUGGUCCCGACAACCAGGUCCACUUUGAAGGGUACCAGGUAUCCAAUCAGUGCAUGGCGCUGGUCCGUGACGAGUGCCUGCUGCCGUGCAAGGAUGCCCCCGAGCUCGGCUACGCCAAGGAGUCCAGCAGCGAGCAGUACGUGCCUGAUGUGUUUUAUAAGGACACAGACAAGUUUGGCAACGAGAUCACCCAGCUGGCCCGCCCCCUGCCCGUGGAGUAUCUGAUCAUAGAUAUCACAACAACUUUCCCCAAGGACCCAGUUUAUACUUUUUCUAUUUCGCAAAAUCCAUUUCCUAUUGAAAACCGGGAUGUGUUGGGUGAGACACAGGACUUCCAUAGUUUGGCCACCUAUUUGUCCCAGAAUACCUCGUCCGUGUUCUUGGAUACCAUCUCGGAUUUCCACCUCCUGCUGUUUUUGGUCACCAAUGAGGUCAUGCCUCUGCAGGACAGCAUCAGCUUGCUGCUGGAGGCCGUGAGGACCAGAAAUGAGGAGCUUGCGCAGACAUGGAAGAAGUCGGAGCAGUGGGCCACCAUCGAGCAGCUUUGCAGCACAGUCGGGGUACAGCUCCCAGGCCUCCACGAGUACGGCGCUGUCGGGGGCUCCUCUCACGCCGCCACGGCCGCCAUGUGGGCCUGUCAACACUGCACCUUCAUGAACCAGCCGGGCACCGGCCACUGCGAGAUGUGCAGCCUCCCCAGGACCUAGGGCUUCCGGCCCCUGCUGGCAGGACUGGGCCCACCCCAGCCCUCUCUGACCAGGAUCGUUGGGACCGUUCCCACGCCGGCAGCCCCAAAGGCAGGGCGGGGGUGGCUGCCCUGGAAGAGGGGCCAGGCUGGUGCUCUGCUGGCUGGAACCAGUCCCCCAGUGGGGCCCGGGCGGCCUCCUCUGGACGCCUCGGGUGCCAGCCCCCACUGCUGGGAGGACUGGCGCCUCUAACUUCACCUGGAAUGGAGGGGCAGGAGCACCUGCUGCUGCCAUCGGCUUUCUUUCUCCUUCCUUUGGAUGCUUUUUGUUCUUGCUCCUCCCGUGGUUUUGGUUGGGGGCUCUUGCUGGCCUCUGUACCCUGAUGCUCUGGGGCAGACCCUGCCUGCUGCGGCCACAGGCUCACUGGCCUCCCGUCUGCUUGAUCCGCAGGUUAACUUGCUGCCUACCCUUCUUCCUGUCCCCACCUGACAUCCAGGUGGGGGUUUAAAGUCGGAAUUGGUUGUAAUAACAGUUAUCAGUAAUUCCUGCCCGGAAGACUUUUAUUUAUUAUUUUUUUAAGAUGAAAACUGCAUAAAAGGGGAGUGAGACUAGUUUCCACUUCCUUCCCUCUAGUGAGUCCCUGUGGGUGUGUGCAGGGUGGGUGAGUGUGGACGGGGACCCACAGUCACUUCUUGGAAGUAAACCUCAGUGCCUGAGACUUUUCUGCCAAGCUGUAUAGCUGCGGCAGCUGCAGACGCGGGCCAUCUGAGCAGGAGCGCAGCAGCGGCUCCUGCCAGGCAAACGGCCGAUACCGCUGGCCAGGCCUGCACAGGGUGAGCUGGGUUGCCCAGGACCAGAAGCUCCGGUCGCCUUCGCCCCAGACACCGUUCUUUCCCAUGGCCCAGCCCAGCCCCUGGUCUGUGGCACAGUGACGGAGCCAUUGAGACCUGCCCAACUGAGGGAGUAGGGGCUUUUGGCCUGUUGUGAGGCCACUUGGGCCUGCUGUGGGGACAUUGGAAAGUGGCCACUGUGCUGAUGGUGUGAGGUCUGGGUGGUAGUCAGACCUUGCGCAUGUGCUCUGGGCUCCCUGAAUUUCCUCUGGCUGGGCUGUCGUCGGGCCCUUCCCUAGGGACUUGUGGGCACGCUGAUGCCUCUUUGCCUUAACAAGAGCCGUGUCUCCAAGCUGCCCCGAACCCAUGCGAGAGGCCGGCCCAGAUAACAGAAUGUGCUUGGGGACUUCAUGUCUGCCCUGGGGUGGGGGCAGGCCUGUGCAGAGAGCACUGGGUGUUGGCUUCUGCCAUGCAUGGUCCACAGGCACAGACUGGUCUGCUCUCGGGGCCACGGCAGAACAGCUGGUCCAGAGGGCAGGAGGGCCAGAGCAGCCCGUCUGCAGCACAGCCCGCUACCCAGGACUGUCUGGCCGCACCCCUAGGAACACUGGCUGAGCUCGGCCUCUGUUUGGUCCCUGCAGUACGAUGUGAGGCUGCAGGUGGGCCUUGUGCGUGGCCUUUGUUCCCCGGCGCCGCGGGGAGGCCAGAGGUGCCGCUUGCUCUGUCUUCACCCACCCAGCUAGUUCCUUUCAGCCAAUAUUCUCUCAAGUUCUGGCAUCCGCACCGUUCGUUUGUUUCCUUCUGUCUUUUAGCUAAAGAAAAAGCGUGAUUUCUCUGCUUCUGGUUCUGAGUCACUCUGUUCAGUAAUGCACUUUAUUUUAUUGUCCAAAGAGUUGAGCUCAGCGAGGGGUUGGGAGCGCCCUGCCAACUGGCGGGUCUGGGCCCAGGCAGCUCAGCCUCACUCUGCGCAGGGGAAGGGCCCCCCGAGUUCCACCUGCCUCCUACCUGCCCUCGCGUGGACACGACCUCUCAUGCCACCAGACGCCGUAGCCCAGCAAGGGGUGGCUGAGCGCACACCUGCCCUGGUGAACACAGUGGCUGCCUGGCCUCUAUCAUUCUGCUCCUGGUGCUCCCACUUCGGCUCUGCUGGGGGCUCAUGGGUGUGCGUUGGCCGGGCUUGCGUGAGCGUUACCUGGACUCCAGCCCUGCAGUGCAACUAAUAAAAGCACCUGAAGCGA